AUGAACCCCGACGCUGAAACCUAUGCAAGCUCGUCGACGCACGCCAACAUGAAUCGUCACAAGAAAAGUACUCCCGAGCCUCACCCUAGCACACAAUCUGUCGGGGCUACAGAACCAGUUCAUUCUAGUACCGAAGAUAUGGAGUCCAACAUUCAUGAAGUGCAAUUAAGAUAUAAGCUUUCUUCUGUCACUAUGAAAGCUCUGUGCAGCAUCUCACAAGCUCCGGAUCGACGGCAAGUCCUCUAUAAGUCAUGCCUCGCAAGCGAAUUUCGUUCUUUCCCCUUGAAACAAGCCGAAAAAAAUCUCUUUCGCGAAAUCAACGAUCACACGGCGAUCCCAUAUACCAUCAAAGAAGCAAUUACUCAACCGUGGCACAAGGUCUUCCUCUUAGUUCAGAUAGACCUUCUCCGCACUGGAUGGCCCAACAAGAUAUCCGGGGCUGCGAGAAAAGAGCUUUAUCAAGAAAGAGGCCGCAUCUAUGCGCUUCUAGACCGAACCCUACGAUGCCUCACGGACAUUUUGGGACUAAGAAGGGACGGCAGGGGCGUAAAUGUGGUCUUGGACGUUUUGCGGAGUGUUAAGUCUGGUGUGUGGGAAGGGGCUGGCCAAGAACUGCUUUUGGUUGAUGGUAUUGGUUCUGUGAAAAUGGAGAAAUUAUUUCGAAGUGGCAUAAAGAGUAUUCACCAAUUGGCCCAGACCGAUUUCUGCAACAUUGAAAGGUUGAUGAGCCGCAACCCACCAUUCGGUCACAACUUGUUGCAACAGCUCGCUGGGUUCCCCAAGUUGUGUUGCCAGUUCGACAUCAUCAAAGAUUACGCAUUAGUUGAUAGACUUCCCCGUGGUGACCAUCAGCAUGAUCAACCCGAGAUGUCACAAUCUCCGCUUUGGGUUUGUCAUGUUGUGCUGGCGUACGAGAAUGACCAGGUACCACUCUGGAAUAAAAACAACCCCUGGGUUACGUUAGUGAUGGAAGGCGGCGACGGGAGACUUGUUUGGUUUUGGCGCGGGAGUGUGAAUAAGCUUGCGGAACACAAACAACUGAUUCUGGGCUUGGAGCUUAAGCGUGGCGAGAAGAUUGAACUCAGGUUGGCCUGCGAGGAGAUAGUCGGCACAGUGGUUCAUUCUUUUCAUCAGGUUUCCUGA